AUGCAGAGCGACAAUGGACUGGUCAAGGUCGCCUCAAACACGAACACGCCUCCUUCAGGUCCAGCCUUGACGGAUGUCACCUCCCAGAAAGCCGAUCUUGUGCGUCAAUUCGCGACCACAAGCAGUUCUCCGGAUGGCGGGUUAGUCGCACAGUUAAUCAACAAUCCCUUCUUCACGGCUAAGGGCUUCGGUCUUGCUGGUCUCGGCACGAUCUUCGCUUUUGGUCGAAGAGGUCUUAGACAUGGAGCAGCUCUUAUGCGACGCCGUCUUCUCGUCGACGUCGAGAUCAGUGUUCGAGACGAUUCUUACCCCUGGUUCCUGUACUGGAUGACGCUCCAUGAACGAGGGCGACUGGCGCAUAAGUCAUCGCAGGCAAAUGCAGGUGCCUUGGAGUCUCUACUCCAGCGACUCACACCGGGCAUGCGCCAUCUCGCAAUUGAGACGGAGAAAAGAGAACUGCCGAAUGGUGCCAUUCACACAAAUUUUGUCUUGAUACCUGGUCCUGGUAGGCAUGUGAUCCGCUACAGGAAUGCAUGGAUAAUGGUCAACCGCCAAAGAGAAUCAAAGCAGUUCUCCAUGGAUGGAAAACCGUGGGAAACAGUCACCCUGACCACGUUGUAUUCCCAGCGGCACGUGUUUGAGUCGUUAUUCAAAGAAGCCCAUGACAUCGCCACACGGUCAGUCGAAGGCAAAACUGUCAUAUACACAGCGUGGGGCACAAAGUGGGACAAGUUCGGCCACCCUCGCAGUAAGCGGCCCCUCGAGUCCGUGAUUCUCGACAAAGGUGUCAAAGAACGCAUCGUUUCAGAUGUUCAGGACUUUCUCUCCUCGGCCAAAUGGUACUACGAACGAGGAAUCCCGUACCGGAGGGGCUACCUCUUGUAUGGACCACCAGGAACGGGCAAAUCGUCGUUUAUUCAAGCCCUUGCUGGUCAUUUGAAUUACGACAUCGCCAUGCUCAAUCUCAGUGAGCGAGGUCUCACGGACGACAGACUGAAUCAUUUGUUGACGGUCAUUCCUCAAAGGACGCUGGUCCUUCUGGAAGAUGUUGACGCGGCGUUUGCAAACCGUCGUCAAGUCGAAACAGAUGGGUACCAAGGGGCCAAUGUAACGUUCUCGGGUCUGUUGAACGCCAUGGAUGGCGUGGGCAGCGCCGAAGAACGCAUCAUCUUUCUCACGACCAACCAUGUUGAUCGCCUCGACGAAGCGCUUGUGCGGCCUGGCCGAGUCGAUAUGACAGUGCGACUUGGUGAAGCCACGACUUACCAGAUCGAGCAACUAUGGGCGCGGUUCUACAGUGAAGCCGAUCCCCACGGAACUUUUAGACAGGAGUUCUUUGAGAAACUCCGUGAGAUAGGAGUCCUGUCUCCUGGGCCGGUGAGAAGCAGUCGGACCAGCAUGGCGGCCCUACAGGGUCUGUUUUUGUACAACAAAGGAAAUCCUCGUGGUGCCAUUGACAUGGCAUGGCAGCUGGCACCGGGUGAACUACCCAGUGCUUUGAACAAGGACAGCCAGGCGCAUGCGAUCGCCUCUUAG